CUAUGCGCGAUGCUGCUCCUCCUUGCAGACAGGAUGUUGCCGCCCCUCCCUGCAGGUCGGCGCCUCGCCACCCUCGGGCCCCGGCUGCCCUGCAGCUGCAGUCCGGCGCCCCUGCAGCCCUGCUGCCUGCCUGCCUGGAGGCCAGUGCCCCUUGCAAAAGCAAUUAGAGCAAUUGAACUAUGAAGAGGAAUGGGGAUAUUGCUUCUCUUUUUAGAAAACAUGAAGCAAAGAAACUUGCUGUUGCUUCAUCACCACCACCAGCCCCAGCUACAAAAGUGAUUGAAGAGGAAGAUCAAGAUCAAUCUUCUGUGCUUUCAGAAGCAAUUGAUGUUGAUAAUAUCUUGCCACCACAACCGCAACCACAGCCACCAACUCCGUCGUCGUUGCCGGUCUAUGAUAUCAAUCGCCUUCCACAUGAUCCAGGUGAACGCCUUCCAAUUGCAAGUUAUGAUAUUAAUGAUCAAGAUGCAAUUAGAAGAGCAUAUGUUCUGAAAAAGCCAUUCAAGCCAAUUAACCAUGAAUUUCCAAAAAGGAAAAUUGGAAAUAGAUAUCGCUCAUGCAGUCCUGUAUGGUUGUACAACUAUGAUUGGCUUGAAUAUAGUAUCAAGGGAAAUGCUGCAUUUUGCUUCUUUUGCUACUUGUUCAAAAACCCAAAUUGCAAGGCCAAGGGUACAAUUGCAUUUACUGUGAAAGGCUGGAGAAAUUGGAAUAUAGGAGACAAAUCACUUCUGAAACAUAUGGGUUCUAAAGUACACAAGUUAGCUGAAGAGAAAUACAUUGGUUUUAUUAAUCCCAAUGCAGCAAUUGAUAAUCAGAUUGAGAAGUGGAGUGAUGAGGAUCGUCAUCUUUAUAAGAUCAGGUUGACUUAUACACUUAGAUGCAUUAAAUUUCUAUUGCAUCAAGGAAUGGCAUUUCGUGGACACGAUGAGAGUGAAGAGUCUAGCAACAGAGGGAACUUCAUUGAGCUUUUGAAAUUUCUUGCAGCAAAUAGUGAAGAAGUGAAUAAGUAUGUUCUGAAAAAUGCUCCAGGUAACUGCUCCUUAACCAGCUUAAAGAUACAAAUGUAGGUUAUUCAUUGUUGUGCCAUAGAAACUAGAAAGAGAAUAAUUGAAGAACUUGGUGUUGAGCCUUAUGCAAUUUUAGCUGAUGAGUCCAGUGACAUAUCACAUAAAGAACAACUAGCUCUUUGCUUGCGCUUUGUGGAUAAAUUGGGAAGGCCAUGUGAGCACUUUAUUGGAGUUGUUCAUGUUGAUGAUACUAGCUCUUUAUCACUUAAGGAAGCAAUUGAAGCUUUACUUGUUCGUAAUGGCUUGACUAUAACUCAAAUUCGUGGUUAAGGCUACGAUGGGGCUAGCAACAUGAAAGGUGGUAUUAAAGGGUUGAAAGCAUUGAUAAUGAAAGAGUCACCUUCUGCUUAUUAUAUCCAUUGUUUUGCACAUCAACUCCAACUAGUGCUUGUUGCUGUUGCCAAGGGUAAUACUGAUUGUAAGGGCUUUUUCGAUCAAGUAUCUCUCUUGCUUAAUAUUGUUGGAGUUUCUUGUAAGCGUCAUGGAAUGCUUCGAAAUGCCAGACUUGAGCAAAUCACAAAAGCACUUGAUUGUGGUGAACUUGAAUCUGGGAGUGGAUUAAAUCAAGAGAUGGGGCUAUCUAGACCUGGUGAUACUAGAUGGGGUUCUUAUUAUAAAACUAUAUGCAACAUCAUUGCUAUGUAUCCUUCAAUUCAUGAAGUACUUGUCAAUCUUGGAGAUGAUCCUUCACAUAAGGCUAAUUGGACAAAAAUACAUUUUAUGGUUAGAGCACUUGAGUCCUUUGAGUUUGUUGUUGUUGCACACUUAAUGUUUCUUAUUCUUGGAUAUACAAAUGAAUUGUCCGAGUGUUUGCAAAGAAGAGAGCAAGAUAUUCUUAAUGCAAUCAGUCUUGUUAAUGUGGCAAAGAAUAGAAUGCAGCAAUUGAGGACUAAUGGUUGGGAACAGUUUCUUGAAAGAGUUACUUGGUUUUGCAACAAACAUGGUGUCCAAAUUCCAGUUAUGGAGGAUAAUUAUGUGCCUUAUGG